AAGCUGCUUUUGCCAUUCUCAGCACUCUGGAGAGAAGAUAGAGCUUCGGUUUUCACCAGGCACAAGAGAGAAAUUUUUACGAUGCCACGUACUUACGAUCUCACGACACACGACACGAGCAUAGAAUCUGCAUCACGGUACAAUCUGCGGGCCAUACCAGCGAUGCAUAGCGAUCGGGAUUUCCUUGCUCAUUUUUCUUGCUGCUCUUCUUCUAUGCAUCUUUGUUUCCAUUUCUACGUCUUUCAAGUUUCGUGUCUUAUGCAUGUUAUUUUUUUCUUCUGUACUCUUUCGUCCGUGUCUCAUCCCGUCUGAUUUCUGUGCAUCACGUUUCCUCUCGACCAGCAUGGGACUGUCAUUCGGCUCGUCUCCCUCGGGAUUGACAGGUCUGUCGAACA